AUUGUUUUCUGCCCCCGCCCACCUGUGAGUCCUAUAAGACAGGCUCCCGCAGCCCCGACGCGGCACGCUGCCGUCCCGCGGAAAAUGGACGCGAACAUUGUCGUUAUGGGGACAGAAAGCGUCGGGAAGUCAGCGAUCACGGUGCGUCUUUUGACUCGGAGAUUCAUCGGCGAGUAUGGAGAUAUUGAAUCCAUCUACAGUCACAGUUUAGGGAGGGAGUUAACCCUCAAUAUUUGGGAUUCUCCUUAUUCUGAGGAUUUGUCCGUGGAGACCUCACUCUUUGAGAAGAAGGUCCAAUGGGCAGACGGCUAUGUUCUUGUCUACAGCAUCUGCGACCGGGCCAGUUUCAACUCCGUCAGCAGGCUCAUUGAGACCAUCAAGUCCACCAAAGACUACGUGGGCGCAGACAAGGGGCCCAUCGCCAUCGUGGGUAACAAGAGGGACCUGCACCACAGGCGGACAGUGCUCAGCGAGGAGGGCCGCCUGCUGGCUCGCAACACGGACUGCCACUUCUACGAAGUGUCUGCAGCCGAGGACUACCACAGCGUGCGCACGGUGUUCCACGGGCUGGUGGACAGGAUGAAGGACGCCAAGCUGACCUCAAAGAGACCUCUGGGGUUCAGGGGCAUAGUGAGGACCAUGUCGGCGGUGUUUACCAGGAGGCGGACGGACUCCUUUUAGUGAGGCCACGACAGAAGAGGUGGGAGAUUUUGUGCAAAUCUUCAAAAGAGCGGUUACACGUUGUGUUGGACUGGAUGGAUUACGAUCUGUGAGAAAUAGCCGGGUUACUGGGCCAAAGGUAACAAGGAGGUCUCCUGAGGUGGAGAUACUUCAGAUGUUGCCGCCGUUUUGAACACUUGACUUAAAAGUGGGUUUAACUGCACUUCAAGUGACAGGAGACUCAUGAAAUAACUCCUUCGUUAGACAGAUACCUGAUGUAUGAGAUAAUUAAGUUUGAAUGGAAAUAAUAUCCACAAAAAGUGCCCUUUUAUUCAUAAUGGCCGAAGACUGUAAAAGGAAGCUCAGAACUGGAAUGUUUGUACCACUGGAAAAUGACUGAAAAGUUCCCUUUGCAAUCGGGUAAUUCUUGUAUUAAAACAUUUGUGUUACGGUCUAAGCGCUUUAGAGCAUCACCCCAAAGCGUUCUCUACAUUUAAGAGCGCUCAUAUUUUGACUUUAUUUAUGAUUCAAAAAUUGAAAUGUAGUUUCUCUUUUGUAAAUAAAGCAUAAAAUGUGAUUUGUGUUCCGGUGAAAUGUUCUUUUGCAAUAACAUGAUUACUAAUUGAGGCAAGGUCCUCAAAGUGGGACUUCGGAUCAAUAUAGCUGUGUUUUUGUAGGAGUGAAGUUCUGCUCAAGGGCACUAGAGCAUAAUGAAUGCUGGUUUCUUCACUUAUCGUAUGAUCCCACAGCACAUUUCUGUGUUUGUUUUGACACCGCUACACUUUACCUCAAGUCCUCAAAUAACUGAGAUGUGUUGUGUUUAGCAGUUGGCCAAUGCAGGUUUAAAGACUUGAAAAUAUCCACUGAAUCUCUGCAUAUUAAUAGCUAGAAAAUGCUUGUCUGGCAUGAAUUAAAGGUUUGAACCAACGAA